UAUUUUCUGAUCCCAUUCUGUCUGUCUCUGCGGCGAUCCUAGGGUUCCUUUUUCAUCCAUGUCGCCAUCCCAGUUGGAGGACGAAGAAGAAGUCGAGGAAGAGGUUGAAGAGGAGGUAGAAGAAGUCGAGGAGGAAGAAGAAAUUGAAUACGUCGAAGUCUCUGAAGAAGAGGAGGAAGAAGAAGACCAAAACCCUAACCCUAAUCAGAAACCGAAGCCCUCGGUCCCCGAAUCCAUCACCAACCUCAAAUCCCUCCACGGCGCUCUCUCCGACUUCCUCCUCGAUUACAACUCCCUCCACCAAACCCUAGACUCCAUCAAUUCCUCCCUUGAUGCCGUCUCCACCAUCAAAACCCCCACCAACUCCUCCCUCAAUGCCGUCAAAACCCCCGAACCCGAAGCAUCUUUGCCGGUUGCCGAAAGGCAGGACUCCGAGGUCGAAAGCCUUUGCCGUUCCAACGCCCCCAAAGCCCUCCGCAAGUACAUCAUGACCCACUUAUCCGAGAUUGAUCGCCUCCGUCGGGAGGUCCCCGAGGCCCUCAAGCUGGCCUUCGUCCCUGAAAAAUUAGUUCUUGAAGCAAUGGGCAAGUUCUAUUUGCAGGGAUGCAAGGCCUACGAACAUGGAGAUUCUAAUGCCAUUAAUUGCCGUCGUGCUGGGAUUCUACUGCUGGAGUUCUAUUUGAUUGCGGGGUGUCCUGUGGCUUCGGCAUCGUCACAGUCAGUUAAGGGAGGCGCUAUGGAUGCUGCAAUUUCAUGGAGGAAAAGGAUUAUUAGUGAGGGAGGGAUUGAGUCUGCAAGCGCUGUGGAUGCUCUCGGGCUUGUUCUUCUGGUUGCGGCCUUCGGGGUGCCUGUAGAGUUCAAAGCAAAGGAACUGUACACUCUUCUGAGAUUGUGUAAUUUGGCGAAGAAUGGGGAUGUUCUGCGCCGCUCAACCAUUCUUGUUCAGAAGGUUCAAGAUGUCAUUAAACAUCUGAUAGCAAAGAGAAUGCUAGUUGAAGCUGUUGACCUUGUCUGUACAUUCGGACUGGAAGAAAAUUUUCCACCUCUUCCUUUGUUAGUAUUGCUUGUGAAAAGGACCUGUGAAGUUGGAGUAGAAGAAAGAAUAGAAACUCAAAGUCAAUCUUCAUUAAAGUCACUGAAAGAAGCCAAUGAAAAACAAGUAGCUGCACUAAGGUCGGUUGUCAAAUGCCUUGAAUAUCACAAGCUUGAGUCUAGUCAGUUUGCUGGUCUCAAGAUAGAUGAAAAGAUCGCCAAGUGCGAACAACGGAUUUUGAAAUGCCAACAGAAAUUGCAGGACAUGAAUAAUAAGAGAAAGUUUGAUAAGGGGCCAUUGAGAAAACAAGAUAAUCAAGUUAAACUGCUCAAGCCUUCUUCAGCUGAGGCAGCACAUGGUCCUCUUCUGCCAUCAGUUAGACUAACCGAAGAGCAAGGAAUUUCUCCUGUUCUGGGUUCCAAAUAUGACUACAAUGGCUCUCUUGCAACUGACAAGUCUGUUUCUGCCAAAGCAUCUCAUGGGCUUCAAGCAAGAAAUCUGUAUGGGUCAGCAGGUGUAUGGCACGGAACUGCAGUUUAUCAAAGCCCAGUUGGGCAAAGUUUGGGGGGAUCACCUUAUUCAUCAGGGCAUGAUUAUGCCAGGUACUCUACAGCUGCAGGGCAAAAUUAUCAACCUACUUUAUCUGCGCAAAAUCUUCAUCAACCAACUGCAUCGGGACAAAUUUAUCAGCCUCCCCCGUCAUCAGUGCAGCACCUUCAUCAAUCAACUACAUCAGGGCAAAAUUAUCAGCCUCUUGUGUCAGGUCAAAAUCUGAUUUCAGGGCAAAAUCUUCAUCAGCCGACUGCAUCCGGUCAAAAUAUUCAUCAGCCAACCGAAUUGGGGCAAAAUCUUCAUCCUCCUCCAUCAGCGCAAAAUCUUACUUCUGGGACAAAUCUUCACCAACCAAGUGCAUCAGGGAAAAAUCUUACUCAGUCACUUACAUCAGGGAAAGAUCAUCAUUCAGGACAAAAUCUUCAUCGGCCAACUGCAUCAGGGAAAAAUGUUCAUCAUCCAACCACAUUAGUGCAAAACCUUCGUCAGCAAACUGCACCUGGGCAAAAUCUUCAUCAGCAAACUGCAUCAGUGCAAAAUCUUCAUCAGCUAGCCACAUCAGUGCAAAACCUUCAUCAGCAAACUGCACCAGGGCAAAAUCUUCAUCAGCAAACUGCAUCAGUGCAAAAUCUUCAUCAGCCAGCCACAUCAGUGCAAAACCUUCAUCAGCAAACUGCACCAGGGCAAAAUCUUCAUCAGCAAACUGCAUCAGUGCAAAAUCUUGGUCAGCCAGCUGUAUCAGGGCAAAACUAUUACCAGCCAAUUCCAGAAAACUAUGAAGAAUAUUGUCAGCCAUCGGCGGGAAACUAUUAUCAGAAAACUACAGAGAAUUAUUACCAGCCAAAUGCACAAUAUUAUUAUCAGCCAACUGUGGCGGGGCAAAAUUAUUAUCAGCCAACUGCUUCAGGGCAACCUGCACCUUCUCUUGUAACUGAGGAUGGGAGGCUCCAUCAGCUUGUCAAUGCUGUUCAGGGAAGUGAAUUAUCUAAUUAUUAUACAAAUGGAAAUACUGCACCAGAUCAUUCCGUAGGUUGCAAUGCUGUCUCUACUAACAACACUGUUUCCAAUCCCAUCCAUCAGUAUACGGGUUGAAAAUGGUAUCCUUGAAAUGUAUCCAUGAAGGCGGACUUUGAAUGGAUCCCGAUGAUUCUUAUUUGCUGCAAUUAGGGGACGAUCGCGUUUACUUCCAUGGAAACUAUUUUUGGAUGUAACGUGAAAACUAGGCCAGCUGAAGUCAAAUGUCCAUAAAAGUUUUAUUACUCGGGACAGAGUUUGUAUAUAAUACAGAUGUCAGACCUCAUAAUCGACGAAUGCCGACUGAGACAGAUUUUUUUUUUGAACUCGGACAGUAGAAGUUAAAGAAGCAUCUGUUCGAUAUUUCGACAGUGCAUUUGUUCGAACAUGCCGGUGAUUAGUACCGUACCGGCAUUGGAAGUGGCUGUUAGAAAAUCUUUGAAAAUGCGAUGGGAGUUAUGAUGUAACUAAGAAAGAUGCAACUACAUAGAGAUGGUGUAUUUCAACAGGCGGCAACUCCCAGUCUCAAGCUUGGAGCGAUGUAUUCUUCCCUCACUUGUAUAAGCUUAUGGAGCUGGCUGCAUCAUAUGCCCAUGCUUGGUCUUCUUUGUCUAGUUUACUUAUGUUAGUACCUGUACGCACAGGUUUAUCUAGAUAGAAGUAGGUACCCUUCCCCUCCUACUUAUCUUGGACUCGGUCUAGCUUUAAGGCAUAACCUCCUGGUGUUUUUACCUUCGUCUUCACCGAGCAAGAGGGCAUAACCAGAGGCAGGCUGCGUACGGAAUUCUUCUCGCCUCGAUAUUUAUCUUGGUUCCUUGAGUUUUGAUAUAAGUUUAUUAAAAACUCAACUAUUGCCACUGGACAUCCUCGUGAAGUAUUUCGCCUAGUUUGUAGUGUAUUAUCUUUCCUUAUGAGAUCAUAUUUUUGCUUUCCC